AUGCGUUGGGAAAUCGUCAAGGCAGCAACCCUCGUUGCGCUAAUUGAAUCAACCGCAGCCGCACCGUCGGCCGAUAAGAAGGCUGAGCUGAACAUUGUCAAAACCACCAAAGAGAAUGGAAUCACCAUAGACUGGGUCACUCGCGAGUCCCAGGGUAAAGUUUUCACGCCCCCCUUAGAACCGCACGCGGGAGCGGACAAGGAGAAAUUUGGACGAAAUGUUACCCUCGGCCUUGGAGCACAGGGUCCUGACGGAACCGUUCCAAUUGUGCGAGUCGAAAACAAUGUUCCAAUGAAGCAACCAGCUCCUCUUUACCGAGACGACAACUUCAACGCGACUGAGCUUCAUGCUCGUGCUGUUAGUGUCCGCGGCAAGCAUUGGUACGCCCAUUCUUCCUCAUAUGAUUGGAACCUCGGCGGCGGCGCCUACAUCUCUACCCACAGACCGUUUGUCAAGCAAGACGGAGACCAGUCCCUUUUGCAAAUUGCUGCCAUGUACGUGGAAUUCGACCACUCUAAUAACACAGUUAAAUGGCAACAGACGGUCGAAGCUGGCUGGAGAUACUAUCCUGCUGCGGACAAGGGAGGACCUGUUCUAUUUACUUACUAUACCACUGAUGGAUAUGAGACAGGUGUCGACGAAAAUUACGAGAGGGGAUGGUUCCAGUACGACAAGGAAAUCUCCCCAGGCAUGCCCAUCGCUGCCUUCUCCGUCCAAGGAGGGAGACAGGAGGAAAUCGAACUCAGAUACAGGCUUCACAACGGUUGCUGGUGGCUCUACACCAUGGGUCGUUAUAUUGGUUGUUACCCUGCCUCACUAUUCGCUCUCGAAGGCGUAAAUCCAAGAAACACGCUGGCCACUAGAUCAAGCAAUUUCUCAUUUCACGGAGAGGUUUACAGCAUUGACGGGCUGCCUACAGCCACUGAAAUGGGCAGUGGCCGUCCGGCCAGGGAUGGUUGGAAAUACGCCGCGUACAUGAGGGACAUGAAGUGGAUUGAUAUCAACGGCCAGGAGCAUGAUUGGGAUGGCUACUCUUGGGCAGAUGAUGAUGCUGGUUAUUCGAUUGAAACCGAAUUCCUAUCGGGCACGGCGGGCUGGAAUAGCUAUAUGUUUCUGGGAGGUCGAGGAACUGGUAGAGGGAGAGUUUACUAG